AUGUAAAGUAAGUGGACCUCAGUAUCAUCAAUGGUGGAAAGAAGUACAAAAUCCCUUUACUCAUAGAGCCUUUAAGCCCACUGUUUUCUUCGAUUCCAUUUUUCCCUCUUUGCACAUUCGCCGGAAUCCUCCAUUGCUGCCGUUUUCCGAUGAGGUCAAGCCGCUUAUACUCACUGAUUCGCUUUCUUUGAUUCCUCUGUUUCUCGAUUGAACCUGAAGAAGAAGAAGAAGAAGACGAUGUCAAUAUAUGAUUCCUCAUUCUUUAACACGGCGCUCUCUAAACGGACCUCCAUUUUCGGCCUUCAUCUCUGGGUUGUAAUCGGAAUCGUAGUCGGAGCCUUAAUAGUUCUCGCACUGUUUCUUCUUUCACUUUGUCUCACUUCUCGCAAGCGGAAUCGCCAUAAGAACAAAAUCCGUUUCCCUAAAUCCACAGCCGACCAUUCUCCUCCCAUUUCGAAAGAAAUCCAGGAAAUCGUCCAUAACGCGGUACCGGAUCAUCACCACCAUGUGCAGCCGGAGAUUCAUGUCGAGAUCGGAAAAUUGGAGCAUCGAGUUGUUUUCUCUGAUAGGCCGUCUAGCGGGGAGAGCAGAGGCGCUGUGAGUGAAACUGCUUCUCUUGGAUCUGGUACUGUUGGGCCUGAAGUUUCGCAUCUUGGUUGGGGCAGAUGGUAUACUCUUAGAGAGCUCGAGGCGGCCACUAAUGGCUUGUGUGAAGAGAACGUGAUUGGAGAAGGUGGGUAUGGGAUCGUGUAUUUAGGCACUUUGGGAGAUGGUACAAGAAUUGCUAUCAAGAACCUCUUGAAUAACAGGGGUCAAGCUGAGAGGGAAUUUAAAGUCGAAGUUGAAGCAAUUGGAAGAGUAAGACACAAGAAUCUUGUCAGGCUGCUUGGAUAUUGCGUUGAGGGUGCAUAUAGAAUGCUUGUUUACGAGUACGUUAACAAUGGCAAUCUAGAUCAGUGGCUUCAUGGCGACGUCGGGGAUGUGAGCCCCUUGACGUGGGAGAUUCGUGUUAACAUCAUACUCGGAACAGCAAAGGGAUUAGCCUAUCUUCAUGAGGGUCUUGAACCAAAGGUUGUCCAUCGUGAUGUAAAAUCUAGCAACAUAUUGCUUGAUCGUCAGUGGAAUGCUAAAGUAUCUGAUUUUGGGCUAGCCAAGCUUCUUUGUUCCGAAAGGAGCUAUGUGACGACUCGUGUAAUGGGUACAUUUGGCUAUGUUGCGCCCGAGUACGCUUGCACGGGAAUGUUGAAUGAGAAGAGUGAUGUUUAUAGCUUUGGAAUUCUAAUUAUGGAGAUAAUUUCUGGGCGGAGCCCUGUUGAUUAUAGUAGACCUCAAGGAGAGGUGAAUUUGGUGGAUUGGUUGAAAGCAAUGGUUGGAGAUAGAAGAUCCGAGGAAGUGGUUGACCUCAAGUUGCCGGAGAAGCCUCCUUCCAAAGCUCUAAAACGUGUUCUGCUGGUCGCUCUUCGGUGUGUCGAUCCUGAUGCUUCGAAGAGGCCGAAAAUGGGACAUGUCAUCCACAUGCUUGAGGCAGAUAAUUUGCUGUCUAAUGAUGAAUACCGGGUCGGUAAGGAUGCUUCUCAUUCAACUCAAGGUCAUCAACACGGUCUGAGACGAGUUAACCAUCAGAAAGACGAAGGAACAUGUUCUAAUAUAAGUGAUGGUGACAGUGAUGGAAACAUUCAACAUCCAAGUAGGUGGAGAUAAUAACGCACCACACUAGCACAAUUAUAUGUCUAACUCUUCAGUUUCAUCCAUUCUUCGGUUAGGUUGCUUUUCUAAUCUUCAAACCAAUUAGACUCAUUCUUACAGAAGCUAUAAGAAUCACCCCACAUCCGUUCUCGUUAGAUAUGCAGCGUCUGCUCGGUCUCCUCGAAUCCUAGUUGCUUCCUGUCUUGAUAUUGAUUUAACAAAACUUUUGCUCCUGUGAGUAUCCAAAUUGUCUACACCGACCAUUGAACAGCGUUUAUGUUUACAUUAGGCUCAUUCUUACAGAAGCUACAAGAAUCACCCCACAUCCCCUCUCGUUAGAUAUGUGGCGUCUGCUCGGUCUCCUCGAAUCCUAGUUGCUUCCUGUCUAAACUCUUGCUCCUUUGAGUAUCCAAAUUGUCUACACCAAACAUUGAAACAGCUUUUAUGUUUACAUUAGGCUC